GAAUUAUGAUUUUAUUUGGGGAAACGGGAGCAUCCAUGCAGGAAACGAACAAGCAAUGAUAGAGUUCGAGAGGUCAUCUUCUUGUUAUAAAAUCCUCAAAAGCUCGAGGUGAAAAAAUAAGCAAGGGAGAGGAGAGAGCUAGCUAGCUAGUCAAGUUAAGAGGCAGAAAACAAGAAUGUCUUCCAGGAAGAAAAAGAAGGCAGCUCUUUACGAGAAGUUACGUGCUGCUACCAAUUCUAAUGCUAUGAACAAAACCUCAAUCAUAGUAGACGCGUCAAAAUAUAUUGGAGAGUUGAAGAACAAGGUGGAUAGGCUAAAAAAAGAAAUCGGAACAUCUUCAACCCCCCAAAAUUCAUUACCUGCGGUCACAGUGGAAAACCUAGAAAAGGGUUUCCUUAUUAAUGUAUUUUCAGGAAAGAAUUGCCCUGGAUUACUUGUCUCCAUACUUGAAGCCUUCGAGGAACUAGGCCUUGAUGUGCUUGAUGCUAGGGUUUCUUGUGAAGACAAUUUCCAACUUGAAGCGAUUGGUGGAGACCAAAACCAAGGCCAUGAUGCUCAAGUAGUGAAACAGGCAGUGCUGCAAGCUAUCCAUAACUGGAAUGAAGGCAGCUAGCUAGUGAGCAAGAAUGACCCAAAUAUUUUCUUCCCCUAUCUUCCUGUACGCUACUGAGAAAUUGGGAAUUUGUAUAUUGAAUUUCAAGCACACUAGGCAGUCCUAAUUCCAAGUUAGUAGUCAGUCAAAAUGUGCAGCAAUGGGAUUCUGGUAAUUAAUUUUCAGUUUUUAAUUAAGCAACUUUUACCUUCGAUGAUC